UUCUUCUUUCUUCCUCAUUAUUUUAGUUUGCUGUCAUCACUGUCAUGGCAAGAGGGAAGGUGAAACUUGCAUACAUAAUCAAUAACUCAACCAGGAAGGCAACAUUCAAAAAAAGAAAAGAUGGUAUUAUAAAUAAGAUGAAUGAACUAAGCACCCUUUGUGGAAUAGAUGCUUGUGCCAUCAUCUAUGGAGAAAACUAUCCUCAAGCAGAGGUUUGGCCAUCUAGGGUUGGAGUAAGAAAUGUAUUGUCCAGAUUCAUGAGUUUGCCUGAACUCGAACGAAGCAAAAAGAUGGUGGAUCUAGAGAGCUUCUUGGCGCAAAGCAUUAUGAAAGCUAAAGGCAUGUUGAGGAAACAAGUAGAGGAAAACCAAAAGAAGGAAAUGGCUUAUGUUAUAAGUCAGUUUAUUCAUACUGGUGGAUAUAACAUGGCAAAUGUGAGCUCGAACGAUGUAACUAGCCUUUCAGCAUUUAUUGAUACAAAUCUGAAAGAAGUUGAGCAAAGAUUGAAUUCAAUGGAUGUCCAAGACCAAGAGGAGGUUGCAAAUGGUGCUAGAGUUGUUAAUGAAGGAGAUAUGCUGGCUAAUAUGGAUCAUGCUAAUAUUCUAGGUUUGGAGACCAACAUCAAUUAUGGUAUGCAGAAUGAUGAUCAAUUUUCUAUUAACUUCUCUGAGAUACCAUUUCAUGAUGUUAAUGUCAACCCAAAUAGAUUUUAAUCUAUUUGGUUGAAAAUUACCCUGAAAUAUUAGGGUACUUUUUGGUUAUAAUUUUAGGUUGCGUAUCUCAUGUUUCAAUUUUCUUGGUAUUUUGUCUCGGACAUUUUGUGUGGGAUUACAUUUGGCCACAAUGCAUGUUUAUUUAAACAUGUAAUGUUUUUUAAUCUGAUGUUUACUUUUACAGUGUUGGCAUUCCCCAAUGAAAUUAAUAAAGUUUUUAUUGUUUGGUCUUAA